AUGGAAGAUGUCACUUGUUUCUCUUGCGGUAUGAAGGGCCAUUAUGCAUCGUCAUGUCCAAACAAGCCAAUCCCUUCGACCCCUCUCGCGAUCCGAGCUCCUCCUAGCCGUCCAGAAAUUGAGCCAGCACCAAAGAAGCAAAACCUAGGAGGUAGAGUUUAUGCUUUAGGUGUAGAAAACCCAGACAAUGCAGGACCGUCAAGCAGUCCCAUCACAGUUUUUGUGAUUGAGAUAUUGUUGAUUGGGUUACUGUGGCAGAACCAUACAUGUUGCUGGAUAAACGUGGCCGUCUUGACCCCCGCAGACCGAACCCUUCAAGCAGAUCAGUGUAUCAAGAAUGUUCCAUUGGUCAUUCAAGAGAAAGAAUUUGUGGCAGAUCUGUUAGUCGUGCCUUUGAAAGGGUACGAAGUAAUCCUUGGAAUCGAUUGGUUAUCGAGCUACAGAGUUCAGAUCGACUGUGGAAAGGGAAGGUUGUUGUUUGGCAGAGGUAAACGACCAGAGAUGGUAUACUAUGGAAUCAGUCCUAGUAUGACCGUGUCUUUGGUAGCAGCAAUGAGAGUACAAGAUUUGUUUCAAGAUGGGGAAGUAUAUUUGGUGACCUUAUCGGUUAGUGGAGGAGCCACUAAUGAUGAUGUUAAGGUCGAAGACAUAGAAGUGGUCCAAGAGUUUGAGGAUAUCUUUGCACCACUAAAGGAAUUACCUCCACCUCGGAGUAAUCCCUUUACCAUUACUUUGGAGCCUGAAGCAAAACCUAUAGCUAAGGCACCAUAUCGGAUGAAACUAGCGGAGUUGGCUGAGCUAAAGAAGCAAUUGGAAGAUCUAUUGGAAAAGGGAUUCAUCCGAUCGAGCUCUUCACCUGGGGAGCUCUUGUGCUAUUUGUGA